AUGGGAUCCAGCCACUAUCAAUCAUAUCUCAAAGCAAUAGGAGGACAAGACAAAGGCCGCUCAGUCAGCACACCUGUUUCCAGCACAUCACCAAUCCAUCGAAAAUCAGUGAACAGAUCAGUGUCGCCAGCAAUUUCCUCUCCAGCACAGAACCACAAUGGCCCAACAACACCCAGCAGCACGCAGCCACGUAGCAACAUCAGUAUAACACCUGUAUCAACAGCACCCUCGUCGGUCGCCAACUACGGAGCAGCACCAGCAACACCCCUAGCGAGCCACCCACCAGACCGGGCAGAUCCAGUACCUGCAAAACCUUCAAGCCUAGAGCCCUUGACCCCCUCACAAAUCACCGCAGCAUUCACAUCCCUCCUCACGCUCCUGCACUCCGCGAUCCAAGAGCACAACAAAGGACCGUUUGCCGCGAUCCUCCUCGGCCCGGACAGCACAACACAAUUGCUCAGUCACUUGUCGAUUUCCGCUACCCGACGAGCCGAAACAGAACUCGCCCGCCUCGCCGCAGACCAGUACUCGCCGGCCUACCUGCGCAAGUGCACACUUGUCACCGCCUGGGAGCCCUGCCCCAUGUCAGCGGGCACGAUCUACCUGUCUGGGAUUGGUCGCGUGGUGUAUGCUGCAAGUGAGGGUAGACUCCGAGAAUUGGCCCUUCUACCCAGUGAGGCAACGCUGUCGGUACCAUGCCGGACGAUCUUCAACGCCGGCUCAAGGGAGAUCGAAGUCAUCGGCCCGCUGCCGGAAUGGGAGGAUAAAGUGGUCCAAGCAGCGAUGCAACAUCAGAAUGGAGACGAGUCAGUUGGCAAAGCCGCAAGUAUACGGAGUAAUGGAACUGGAAGCGGUGCCGGUGAAAAGGAAAGAAUGAGCGUCGUAACAACAUGGACGCACGAGGACAGCGUCCUAAGCUCAAUCGGCGAAGACGGCGAGUACAAGGCUGACUUGGAUAUCGAUUGGAUGAAGUGA